UUCCUGUGUUUACUGGUUUCCAAAACACUCGCACCUGUUGCAGACUGGCCAAAUCCUUUAAUGGCAUUUUAUCAGAGUAAUUACCCAGGAGGAGGUGGAGGUUAUGGUGGUUAUGGUGGGGGUGGCUAUGGAGGAGGACCCCCACCACCACCAGGAGGAGGAUAUGGUAAUGCAGCAUACCCAGGAGGAGGAUAUGGUGGGGGGUAUGGAGGGGCCUAUAAUGUCAAUGCUUCUCCAUAUGGAGGAUUUGGAGUAGGAGGAUACCUAACUGGAUCUGCUCCACCCCCUGGAGGACAACAUGGUUAUACAGGUGGUUAUACCAAUAGCAAUGGAUAUGGUAAUUUCACGGCUGCCAUGGGUUGUCAGCAAACGUAUGCUGGUCAUCAACAGGUAGCUCCACCUCCAGCCCCUCCCAGUGUUUACCAAAAUGGGAUUGACCAACAAAUGGCAUCAAUGCACCAAGGGAUGCAGCAGUUGAUGAGACAACAAGCUGAAAUGGAGUUCCGUGCCCAAGAGAAGGAAAAUAGGGGAAGAAGGAGAAGGAGGAAGAAAAGGAGAGACGAUGAGGAAGAGGAGGAUGAAGAAGAGGAUGAAGAAGAUGAAGAAGAAGAUAGUGGACCCAGAGAAGAGGACAUUAAGGAGAGAGUAAAGGCAUUUUAUAUAGCCGAGUUAUUGAGACGUAUCGAUAGAUCUGGUACAUUAGAUGUCACAAGUGGAACAAUAGUAGGAUACCCCUACUAUACAAAGGAUGAUCCUGUGUUAGAAUUCAACACAAAGAAAAAUGGAUAUGAAUUUGAUCCAGAUAAACCACUAAAAUGGGACCCAGAGCUUGAUUGUGAAUAUUUGAGAGAAGCCCUCAAAGGAUGGGGUACAAAUGAAGAUGCCAUCAUCCAUGUUAUUACAACCAGAUGUAAUGCUCAGAGACAAGAACUGAAGAAAGCAUUCAAAACAUCGUACGGAAGGGAUUUGAUCAAAGAUUUGAAAGGAGAUCUAUCAUUUAACUUUGAGACAGCAGUGUUAGCCUUAUUUGUUCCACCUGCAGAGUAUGAUGCUUGGGCCAUUAAGGAAGCUAUUUAUGGUCCAGGUACAGAUGAAAGAGCUUUGAUGGAAAUACUUCUUACUAGAACCAACCCACAGAUACAGGCAAUCAGAGAUUGUUAUAAUAAUGUUGCCAGUCCAAAUUCCAAAAAAAAAGAAGGUCUGAUUGAUAAAGAUAUUGAAGAUGACUGCAGUGGGGACUUCAAAAGACUUCUGGUUUCUGCUGCUCAGGGUAACAGAUCUCACAUUUCAGAAGAGAAACUAAAGAAUGCAGUAGAAGAACUGAUGUCAGAUGGCAAUCCAACAGGAAUGUUUGAGGUCAAUUUUGAUAAGUUGUGUGAUAUCAAUAGAGCCAAGGCUGAUGCUAAAAAUCUCUUCAAAGCAGGAGAAGACAAAUGGGGAACUGAUGAAGAAACUUUUGUUCGAAUCUUUGCCUGUAGAGAUUAUUACCAGCUUAGGGCUACAUACAAUGAAUAUGUGAAGAUCACUCAAAGAGAUAUUGAAAAUUCUGUUAGCCGUGAAACAUCAGGGGACUUUGAAAGAGGACUUCUAUCUAUUGUGAAAAAUAUUAAGUGUCGUCCAAGGUUCUUUGCAGAUGAAUUAACAUCUUCAAUGAAAGGUCUAGGAACCAAGGACAAUCGUCUGAUCAGAAUUAUUGUAUCCAGAAGUGAGAUUGAUAUGGUUCAGAUCAAAAAGCAUUUCUUGGAAAAUAACAAGCAGACUUUAUGGAAAUGGUUGAAGGAUGACUGCUCUGGUGACUACAAAAAAUUACUGCAGGCUAUUGUUGGCAAAGAUUAACACUAAAUAUUAGUAGUUUGAUAGACAUAUUAUGUUGUGUUCUUUAUUGUUUUCUUGGCAAUUAUCCAACAAUAUAUCUUCUCUUUUGCAUAUAACAUUUUUUUUUUAUUGAAUUUGAUUUCCUGAUAAAUAAUUUUUAAAAUCUAUAUAUUUUUAAGGCAGUGAAUUUUUAAAACCAGCCUACUAGAGUCUAAGUUCUAACAAGUUUUGCUUGGCAUAAAUACAGCAUAUUCAUUUUUUUUUUGUAUAGUAGACUUAGGAUACUUUCAUUUAUAUUGCAGAUACGCAUAGAUUCAUAUGUCAGUGUCUUAUUGAAUAAAAUCUAGCAUACAAAAUUAGUUCAGUCACAUUGUACAAUGAUAUCUGUGCAAUAAAAUGGAAAAGAUUAUUUCUCUGUUAUAUUUGCUUUUUUAUUUGAUAUUCCGUCCAUGUUGUUAUCUUUAAACAUUCCCUCCAUGCAUCUAUAAUAAAAAAAAAGAGACAAUAAAUCUACGGAUACACAGUAUACUUUCUGUAUUUAUACAUAUGAUUGUACAUUCCGUCCAUGUGUACUAUAAUUUUAUUGCAUUUAAUUGAUUUAUCUCCCUUUAACAUAUAUAAUUCUCACCUUUUUAUUAUACCUCUAUGGAAUAUUGUACUUCCUGUUUCUCAUAUUAUAGGUUCUUUAUUUAGAUACGUUAAUGUGAUAUGUUUAACUGUGAUACUUUUUUGUGAUAUAAAUAGUAGCAUUAUUUUUUUUAACUUUAUUUUACUAACACUCUCAUUUCAUGUUGUGUUGUAUCUGAUCGAUGUAGGUCUAUGAUGAAUCAAAUUAAAAAAGAAGAAUAACAUUUUAUAUAAAGUUUCACCUCACGUUUACUAGCAAUAGUUUGAUAACAAAAUGUGUUAAUAAUUUACAAAAUAUAUCAAUUGUUAAAAUGAAUCUUUAUAUUAAAGGUCUAAGUUAGCUUCUUAUGCAGGUGGACAAUUUUCAUUUCAGCAAAAUAUGUGAUUGCUAAGAAAAUUAAUUACUGUUUGGUUCAUGAUUUAGAUUGUGGGUUGAUCUUGUUAAACUUUUGAUUUAACUUGAGGAAUCUUUGCCUUUUAAAUUAAUUCAAUACACUCGCUACAUUUUCGAUACUUAAAAUCUUUGUAAAUACUUUGAAUGACGAAUUUGUAAUAUUGCAUUUGAAGAAGGGUACAUUAAUUCAUUUUAAAACUGAUUGUUCUUUACAAUUAAUACUUGAUUUAUAAAUGAGAGUUGAAAAUUAUUUUACAUUUGACAUAUUAAAAUAGAUCUACACAU